UAAAGUCGGGUGAACGCUUGCGGUUGUGGUAAACGCGCUGUGGUAAAAAUAGGGCAGUGCAAAAGAGUGAUUGUGCGAGAACGGACGGACUGUUUGGUUAGUGUUUGCUUGUAUCAUGGACGGGACACAACGGUACCUUCUGAUCGCGACCGCGGCACUCUUCCUCUUCUUCGACAUCUGCCAUGGAGUGCGAGCACCAGGCGCCAAGAAGAAAGUGGGACCAAUAGACCAGUCUGCAGCUGCUGCGUCUUGGAAUGAUUUCGGCAACACAGAUUUUUUCCAAUCUGAGCACGCUGUAAUCCAAACCCACCCCACAUUGGGAGGCUCAAGAUUUAGUUCUGGGGGUGGCAGAAAAUCAUGGAAACACUUAGAUUUUCGAAGUUCAGCAACUGCCGAAUUAUUGAAGAAUCCCUCGCUGUCUUCUCCUGACGAAUGUGCUAGAGCAUGUCGAGAGGGGGAACCCCCAAGAAUUUGCUACUACCAUUUCACCCUCGAAUUGUACACCGUGCUGGGCGCGGCCUGCCAAGUGUGUACACCAAACGCUACCAACACGGUGUGGUCGCACUGCCAAUGUGUCUUAGCCGAUGGUGUCGAAAGAGGAAUUCUGACGGCAAAUCGUAUGAUCCCAGGCCCCAGCAUCCAAGUUUGCGAAGGUGAUAAGGUGGUAGUCGAUGUGGAAAAUCACAUAGAAGGUAAUGAAGUGACCCUCCAUUGGCACGGAGUUUGGCAAAGAGGAAGUCAGUACUACGAUGGAGUACCUUUUGUAACCCAAUGUCCUAUUCAACAAGGCAACACCUUCAGGUACCAAUGGAUAGCUGGAAAUGCAGGCACUCACUUCUGGCACGCUCACACUGGUUUGCAAAAAAUGGACGGUCUCUACGGCAGCGUUGUAAUCCGUCAACCACCAGCCAAAGACCCAAACAGUCAUUUAUACGAUUACGAUUUGACCACACACGUCAUGCUUUUAAGUGACUGGAUGCACGAAGACGCUACUGAAAGAUUCCCCGGAAGACUGGCUGUCAACACUGGUCAAGAUCCUGAGAGUUUACUCAUCAACGGGAAAGGACAGUUUAGAGAUCCCAACACCGGCUUCAUGACAAACACUCCCCUUGAAGUUUUUACCAUAACACCAGGACGCAGAUACAGAUUUAGGAUGAUCAACUCAUUCGCUUCAGUAUGUCCUGCUCAGUUGACGAUUCAAGGACACGACUUGAUCCUCAUUGCCACCGAUGGAGAACCAGUGCAUCCCGUGAAAGUUAACACAAUCAUCUCGUUUUCAGGUGAAAGAUACGAUUUUGUAAUCAACGCUGACCAACAACCGGGCGCAUACUGGAUUCAGCUUAGAGGUUUAGGGGAGUGUGGAAUAAGAAGAGUACAACAAUUGGGUAUUCUGAGGUACGCGAAAGGACCAUACCAACCCAGUCAAGCGCCACCCACUUACGACUACGGUAUUCCUCAAGGAGUGGUAUUAAAUCCCUUGGAUGCAAGAUGUAAUGAAGUUCGAGAAGACGCCAUCUGUGUAAGCCAGUUAAAGAAUUCCCUCGACAUUGAUAAGGGUAUUCUGCGGGAAAAACCCGACGUUAAAAUUUUCUUACCCUUCCGAUUCCAUAUCUACACACCUGAAGAUCUUUUCGCCCCCAAUACAUACAACAGACACUUAGUUGCUCCAAAUGGUGACCACGUGAUUAGUUUGAUCGACGAAAUUUCUUAUAUGGCCCCACCUGCACCUCUCAUAUCCCAAUAUGACGAUAUAGAUCCCCAACAAUUCUGUAACGGUGAUAACAGACCGGCCGAUUGCCAACAAAACUGUAUGUGCACCCAUAAAGUCGAUAUCCCACUCAACGCCAUAGUGGAAAUCGUGCUUGUUGACGAAGUACAACAACCAAACUUGAGCCAUCCGUUCCAUUUGCACGGCUACGCUUUCAACGUGAUCGGUAUCGGACGAUCCCCUGACCAAAACGUGAAGAAAAUCAAUUUGAAACACGCACUAGAUUUAGACAGACAAGGCCUUCUGCACCGUCAAUUCAAUCUUCCUCCAGCUAAAGACACGAUCGCUGUGCCAAACAACGGAUACGUGGUGUUGCGACUUCGGGCAAACAACCCCGGCUUUUGGCUAUUCCAUUGCCACUUUUUGUUCCACAUUGUGAUAGGAAUGAAUCUAGUUUUGCAAGUUGGCACACACGCAGAUCUGCCGCCUGUUCCUCCCAACUUCCCCACAUGUGGAGAUCACGUGCCAGAAAUUAAUGCAGAUCCUAAUCUCGUUUAAGUUAUAGUAAGUUCGGCAAAGAGAUUUGGCCCAAGUCAAGUCGCUUUGAAACGGACUACAAUCUAAGUUACCUUCACCAAAUUUUUUGUUUUGCUGUGAAAAUUUAUUAUUUUCGAUCUUGCCAUUCCAAAAAUUUUCAAUCUAGUGUUACUCAGUUUGUAUAAUUUAUAUUAUUUAUCUACAAAUGGUUUUUAUUCGCCAUAAUUAAUUUAGGUAAGUAUAAGUAGCAUUCCAACCUCUUCCGAUACUUCUUUUAGAAAUUACAAUAGGUGCUGUAUAUAUUGGCCAAAUGGCGUCUGUAGACUUUUAGUGUAAAUACAAUAUUGACGCUUACGAUUGCAAAUUCAUGUCUCUUAGUUACCAAUCUACCAAAUUUGCAAUUUGAAGCGAGUCUACCUACUUAUAAUAAUCAGUAUUUGAUGCUAGAGUUCUUUAUUUUUUUAUAAAAGUGGAAAAUUUUGUGAAUUUUAGGUAAUAAUCUAACCCAGAAUUUGAAUAAUGUACAGAUUUCGUUUAAUGGUGUCACACUAACCCCAGUUAUUUAAGAUUGUACUAGUCUUCCACAGUCUUUAAUAACUACUACAGAGUUACUGUUAUUUUUAUAAAAUAUGUAUUAUAAAAAAGUUCAAUAAAAAAUGUUAAUCAAUUA